AUGGCUGUGAUUCUGGCUACGUUGAGAUGGUUCACUGUUGUGUUUAGCUGCUCAUACUCCGACUCCGACACUUGGAUGGUUGAAAGCUACUGGAUUCAGACGCUUAAUGACUGCAGAAACAGCUCCGCGUGCAUCAAAAUUUGGCCAAACAGAUGGGGCAAAUGCCUUCUUGAUGCAAAAUGGUGUGUGCUAACUCUGUGCAUUGGAGUUCAGAGCUUUAUUGUACUUGCAAGCAAAACCCUCAUCUUCAUUUCUAGAUUCAUGGUGUGUCCAUUUGUGUUUUGCUUCUCUCACAUCAACAAGUUUGCAAGACGCCAUCAUGAUACAUCACCGGGUGGUGAUGACAUGGAUCUGAACUACGUAAGCAGUUAUGUUCUGUUACUAGAUGGCGAGGUGGAGCUUCCGACAAGGUUCGUGAGAAGCAUGUGCCGCGAGGCUGAUGGCAUGAUUCAGAUAGGUAGAGAGAAGAAGCCCUCCAACCUUAUAAAUCUUUUACACACAUCUGAUAGCUCUAAUACUAGCCAAAUUACAACCUUAGUUUUAGCUCAUGAUUGUUGGACUCUACAAGUAGUCACUCUCACAAGCAUUGCACUCGCCCUUCCCAACAUCUCCCAGCAUCAACGCAAGCAGUUGUUGAGCAGUGUGAGUGAAGGCCUUUCUCUUGCAAAAAUAGUCGAAAAGGCAUUAGACACGAAUGCGAGCAUUAGGAAUGCUGCAAGUGCUACAUGGGUGGAGCUGUUAGUUUACUCCAGGUGGGCAAAGAUCGAUCUCAGAAGCGGAUUUCAACGGUGCCGAAACUGGGAGCUAGUGUUGCAAGAGCUCUCCCAUAAAGCCGAAGAGAUUUUGAUGGAGUUGAAGAGUGAAGAAGUGCAAGAUUCCAACAUGGGAAACACUCUAAAUUGCCAAGCAAGAGCUGUGGCUGCAAACUCAAUGUACAGAAUUUGUGAAACCAUUUUGGUGUCAUCUGGUAAAGAGGAAAGCUGUGAGGAAAUGUGGGAGAGAUUAUGUGUGAUGAUUGCAGAUGUUUUGGCAGCGUGUCUCACCAAUCUGCCACAUGCUAUAAUCAAAAUGUGUCACCAGAGUUGCAUUGAGAAGCGAGACAAGACAGUGCGGGAAGCGUUUCUGCUUUUGGGAAAGACGGAAGAAGUUGUUGGAAUUGUUCGACGACAGAAACAGCCAUGUAUAGAUCAUGACAAUGAAGCUAUACUUGUGGAUUGUUGA